AUGGCAACUUCUGCAACAAGGUCUACAGUCCGCAGAGCUCCAUGUCGAGACCGUCGAGCCAGACGUCGGCCUCGACGGCGUGAGUCGCAAAUGCCACCGCUAGGGGCACACAAUCAGCGUGGCCCGAAAAGAAGAAAGCUGCGCGACCUCGACUCGUUGAACCUUGACAACUGCUACUAUGCUUGUGAGGAUCGAGGAUACCAUCUCGAUCCCGACGUUCGCGUCGGUCUUGAAGUCUCCCAAGACGCAGAUGGUUAUUGGCUUCCAGAAGACGAAAUUACCGAUUCAACGGCAAUUGAAGAAGAGCUAUUUCCGUGGCUCGAAUACUACUCUGCUGGAAUGAUCGAAAGUCCUGAGCUCCCAACAUUACCGGCAACGUGGAAAAGAAGCGUAUUCUUCAGGAGAAAGGAAACUCGACGCCCUCCUCAAACCGAUUUACUCACAGGUUCCGUCUCCUCUCUGCUGCCUUCCACCCCGGCUACCGCGAAUGCGACACCCGUGGUCAAGAUGCCGGGCUGUCAUUUGGAGUCUUCAAUGAACGGAUGCCCCCUAGAAUACUGCUCAGACUACUUGAAUGAUGUUCGGAUUCCGAGUCCUUUGCUGUACCACAACUCACAGCUCCAGUACGUUCCUCCGUCCGAUGAUGCUCGGUCAAACUGGAACAACCCGUGCUUCGAAUUUGCCUACGGUCAACAAAAGCCAGAACCCGACUUCACGAGUUACCGGCCCACCGCGGGCGGUUCUAUUCAGGCUGAACUUGCAGAUCUCCCACGUCGUGAAAGCCUAGGCUUUGCUCUUUGCACGGCGGCAUCAUCCAGACACAAACCAGAAGCAAGUCACAUCUCAGAUGGGAGUCAUGAUUCAUCAACCUAUGGGGAUCCUCCUUCUUCCCUGGUGGAUUGCCCCGACUCUCGAAGACCAACAGGGAAUAUCCAAUAUCACCCAAGUACGGGCGACGUCCACAAUGCCCAGUCAUUCACCUCCGUUGGCCUUGAACCCUUCUGGUAUAAUGAUUAUCCAAAGCGACAGAGCUCGCGACGGAAAGAAGCAAAUGUGCCUCGUGAUGUCGGCCCCAUCGUAGACAAUUUGAUCUUUCCUACUCUGCCGACUCCGCCCUGCCAUGAAGAUAAGUUCGCAGUCGAUGGCAGCAUCAACAGAAACACUGUUCAACCCGAGGCAAAUCAAGCUACCAGCGAUUGGGAGCAAGCGCGGGAAUCUUCACCGUCAUCGUCCGAGCUGAUUGACAAACCUCCGCCGCGGUCUAUUCCAGACGCAGAAGUGGCAGCACUUUGUGCAGUCCGCAGGAGGCGUGAGGCGCAGGCAACUCGACUGUCUCCAAGUCGCAAAGAAGAUAGAUCCACCUCCGGCGAUGCCCCGCUUGGUGCAACAGCCAAGGUCGCAUUUUUGCCGUGCACGGAUUUGGUACCAGCACGAUUGUAUCAGCAUCAAUUCGUCGCAUGGCCCCCGUCAAUCUCCGCCGCCAAUAUCACUGAGGAACCCGAUAACAUUUCUGCCGUCCUCAAAGCGAUAGACUGGCUGGAAGAAUUGGAUAUGCUGAAACCGUAUGCUGGUGGUAGGCUGGGUCUAUCUGCUCUCUCCCUGCGACCCGAUGAACGUGAGUCCGACUCGCGCACCGAUAUUUCCACCCCGGAAGCUACCUCGAGGCCAGUCUCUCCCGUCCCAAUAGAGAGCCACGGCGCGCUGUGGGUUGAAGAAGCAGACUCGGGAAGACACGAUGAAGGAUUCUCCACUGACAAUGAACGUUAUUCAGAGGUCGGCUUAUUGGACGAAACCCUCAGCGAGGAGGACUGGGCCAAUUGGGAUUGGGAUUUUGAGGAGGAUGUGGACGAAAGGAUCGGGCUCUUUGCCACUGAGUGGGAGGCAGCCAGUGAGGAACGCCUUCUAUGA